AGAGCAUGCAGUUUCUGUUUUUCACGUGUGUACUACAAGUGAGUUUCAUUCGUGUGUGGUAUCUAUCUUACGUCUAAAUUGAAACGAAACAAUGGUGUAUACAGUGGCAGAGAGGGUUGAGUUGAUUGAACUGUAUUAUGUAAACAAUAGAUGUGCGAACAGGGCUGCUGAACGAUGGUUCAAUCAACAAUAUGGUCGGACAUGCAAACCAUGGACAAAUUGCACCUGAAUUCGGACCCGUCGGCAGUCCCGAGUGCGCCGACCAAGCAGCGUCCCCCGCCUGCCGACGUGUGCUUCGUGUGCGGCAACCGCAACCAACCCCAAACCUACUACAUCAAUUCCAGACCUGUCCCCAACAAGCCCAAGGAACCCUACUUCCCCUUCCUGGAAUCGCACGCCCCACCCGCCACGCACCGCCCCGCCGCCCCCCACUCCGUCCCCGCCUGCUACCUCUGCUACGCCGUCCUCCUGCAGCAAUGGGAGUCGUACGAGCUGUCAGGCCGCGCCCACUCGGAGCGCCUCUAUUGGCUGAGGCGCGUCGACGGCCUGCCCUACGCCGGCGCGGACAUGGCGGCGCAGGGCGAGUACGCCGCCCAGGUGUUGGGACUGGGCGGGGAGGGGGCGGGGUCGGCGGAUAGGGGCGGGGCGGGGCAGAGGACGGGGGGUGGGGCAGGCGGGAGGGAGGAGCGGAAGGCGUGCAGCAGGCAGGCGCAGGUACCUAGGGUGCGUGACGAGCUGAACUCUGUGUCCCCCGAGGCUGCCCUGGAUUUGACGCAUCCCCAACAGCAGCAGCAACCUCAGUCCCAAUCGCAAUCUGUCCACCGUUCUCCGAUCUCGACACCCGUCAUUCUACACAGCCAAAAUUCGAAUUCCUCAACUGGAACGGACAUUCUGGAUCUCAGCAUGCCCGAUAAAAAUUCCACUACCGAAGUUUGUUACGUUUGCGGAGAUGAAUUCAAAAAAGGAAGUUUGGAUUUUGUGGCAUCAAAGCAGUUACCGGAUAACGGUCAGAAACCGUUUUUUCCUAGUCUCAUUGAACAUCCUAGACCGAGCAGGAGUCGACCGAUCGAUUCUGCAGGAAGAGUUCAGGCUUGUGUGGAUUGUCAACAGCAUUUGUUGAAGCAGUGGCAAACUUUUCAGGCGCAAGGUGUACCUCACGGAGAACGCAACUACACCCUGAGGAAAAGGCAGAGCAGCACCCUGGACACCACCACCUUCAUUUGCUACACUUGUGCCCUAGAAUACCCCUCCAGCAGCAUACGCUUGCUCUAUUGCUGCCAAAAUUCCGAGAAGGAACCUUAUUUUCCCUUCAUACAAACGCUGAAGCCUCCGCCCGGGGCUAGUCCAAUAAGCCCUCAAGGCAUGGUUCAGGUGUGUUCGAUCUGCUACAAAUCCAUCCCGCAAAAGCACCAGGUGUUCGGCGGCGAUCCCACCAACAUGGCCGACCACCACGUCUCCGUCAACGACGUUUUCUACCGCCAUGAGGGCCACGCGGUCGCCCGACCCGGCGCCGGCCGAUCGCCGGCCGACAGCGCCGGCUCGGACAUCCGGUACAAGCCGUACGACGUCAACUGCUCGGGCUCGAUGGGCAACAAGAAGAAGAUGGCCGUGAUGGAGAGCAGGCACAACGCUAAGGCCCAGGCUCGCCCCAGCUCUCCGACCGCCCACGAUUUAGGCUCCGCCCACCCGUCGGCGCAGACCUACCGAUGCUACAUCUGCGCAGGGAUGUACGCCCGGCCGCAGAUGGAGUGGGUGAGCACAUCGUCGGAGGGGGUGAAUUCGCACGCGAUGCACUUCCCCUGUCUGUCGAAGGUGGCCAGGGCGUCGGAGAACAGCUGCAUGGACUCGCACGGUAGGGUGUUGAGCUGCACGCGGUGCGUGAGCCAUCUGGCGGCGCAGUGGGAGGCGUUGGAGAACGACAGGGUGCCGUUGGAGAGGCGAAGGUACGACAUACCGACGCCAGACAUGACUAUGAACGGCGACCAAGGCAUUCUCACGCCUCCCAGCACCAAUAGCGAGAGGACUGUGUGCAGCAACAGCAAUCCUGGGGCAGGAGGCAGCAGCAUUUAUUGUUUCCUUUGCGGGCUGCAUUCCGAACUGACUCUGGCGCGGGUGAUCUACAGCAAACCGCAAGGUCGCAACGCGCCUUAUUUCCCCGCCCUCCUCUCCCACAAGAGCCCCCCUAACGCGGAGCAGCUGCGCGAGGACGGCUCUGCGCUGGUCUGCACGUUCUGCUACCACAGCCUGGUGAGCCAGUGGCGCAGGUACGAGGCGCAGAGCGGCAACGCGCCCCCCGCCGACCGUCGGGAGUACAACACGCACGACUAUUGCUGCUACGUGUGCGGGAUCACCACGUACAGAAAAAGGGUCAGGGCUUUGUUGAUUAAGGACUUUCCCUUCUUGAGGUUCCACCCUCAAACGGGCAACUCGCUGCUGCUGGAGAACGGCGACUACGCGGUGGUGUGCCUGGACUGCUACGAGACGCUGCGCACGCAGAGCCUGGAGUACGAGCGGUGGGGCCUGCCUUUGGACAAGCGGCAGUACAACUGGAUCACGCAGCCGCCGCCGCCGGAGGACAGCCCGGAGGCGGCGGUGGCGCGGUUGCCGAGCGGCCAGCGGAGCGACAAAGCGGUACCACCUACUUUCAUAGCUAAACCAAAUAAGAGAAAUAACUCUCCAAAAAUCAUUGAGAAGAAAGUUUCUGUGAAGACUGAACCCAGACCUGGCAUCCCGAACAGCCCCAAACUGUGCACGUCGAGCAACAACAGCAGUGGCACCACCACGACGAAACCGCGAAAUUCGGCGGGAGGCCACGCCGUGUCUGCGGCCCCCGGGGCGGCGACGAACCACUCCUUCGCCGCCGCCCUGCGCAAUUUGGCGCAGCAGACCGGCCCCGGCGCGGCGGAGCAUCCGCAGGGAGGCGGCGAGACCGCCAGGAGGGAGCCUGCUGCUAUGUCUGUGGCAGAAAAACCGAAAGUCAACAACUCCGAGAUGCCUUCGUACAUGGGCGUGGGGCCUACCAAUAUGCGCUCGUACGAACCCAGGUUGCCUACUAAUCACGUGGAUAGGUAUCCGGCGAGCUCAUUGGCCGAACUGAACAGGACUGGUUUUCAACCCUAUCGACCCGAUGAUAGAAUACCGCACCCGUCGUUGGGUAGCUUGGAUCUGCCGAACUACGCCGCCUAUCCGGGUUAUCCGAUGCCUUUGAUGGAGGAGCAAAUCUACUACGAACGCAUGGGCAUCCUGAGGCCAUCUUGGACACCGAUCGGGAACCCCUAUUUGCCCUACAUGCUGCCCGGGGCUGCUAUGCCGCUCUACAUGCACGAAAGGCUGAAACUGGAAGAAGAGCACCGUCGGCUAGCCGCAGCGGCCGCCUCUCGCAAGGACGACUACGUCGAGCGCGAGAUGAUGGAGCGCGACCUGCAGCUGGCCAGAGAGCGCGACAAGGAGCGACAGGCGCGCGAGCGAGAGCGAGAGAAGAUGUCGCGCCGGUCGCCGCUGCACCACCGGCUGUCGCCGCAUCACGCGCAUGCGCACGCACAUCCCUACGCGAGCCCGAUGCUGCCGCCUAAUCAGAUGCGGCAGUCGCCGUUGGGGUCGGCGUUCGUCGCGCCUUCGAACAGCUAUCCCAUACCUAGGUCGAGCCCCUCCUUGCAAAGGCACUCGCCCAGCAUCCCCAUCAACUCCAGCUACACGCUCAACCUCAGUCAACGCCACAGCCCCAUCAUCCAGCCGUCCGGCCCGCUCAUCAGCCUCGCCCCGCCCACGCCAAACCACACGCCCCGCUCGUCUCCCCACCCCAAUACGACGCCGCGCUCCUCCCCCAAGCCGCCGCCCAAAGCGCGAAGUCCCGCCCACGCGGCACUUGGUCCCGCCCACUCGACGCUUGGUCCCUCCCACUCGACGCUUGGCCCUGCCCACUCGGCGACGGGCGCCGUCCACCCGAAUAACGCGAUGGGAGCGGGUGGCGCGGUGGAGAUGAAUAGUGGUGGGGGUAAGGAGGGGGUGGGCGUGGUUGGGAAGGCGGUUGGUGAGGAGAAUCGGGAAGUAGGCGAGGCCUGACCAUCUGCUGGGUGUGAAGAUGCUUCGUGUUUCGCCAGGAAAUCACUCAAGAUCCCGACUGAAAAAAAUUCAACUAUUCCGACAGACGCCCGAAUAAACCAACCGCCCGUUUCGGAAACUAAACACACUAAAACCCACCCUGACCCUAUCACCCCUAAUCCCACAAACCUCCCCGCCACCAUCGAUCCAGAAGACGCCAAAAAGUUCACUACUUUCAAUAUCGCCUCCAUAAUGGACACCAAAAACGAACUACCGGCCAGUACAAGUGAAGUAUCGGCCGGAAAAAAUGAACGACCGGUCGGAAUGAGUGAACUACUGGCUGGUAAAAGUAAACUACCAGCCGGUAUAGAUGACAUACCGGACAGUACAAGUGAAGUAUCGGCCGGUAAAAAUGAACUUCCGGUCGGUAUGAGUGAAGCACCGGCUGAUGAAAGUGAACUACUGGCUGGUACAAAUGAACUACCGGCUAGGACAAUCGAAGUAUCGGCCAGUAAGAACGAACGACCGGUCGGUGUGAGUGAACUACCAGCUGGUAAAAGUGAACUACCAACCGGUACGAAUGACCGACCGGUCAAGAAGCGUCGCAGGAUGUUGUGGGCGAGGAACACGAAAAACCACUUACCGGACGAUGUACUUAACCUCGAAGGCCUCGCGCCUUGUGAUAAAAGCCCGCCGUCGUCCACUAGUCCCCAAUUACCAGAACAAUCCGCAGAGGAAGAAUUCAAAUCUAGUCAAAAUGAGUUAGUCCACCUAGCAGAGACGAGAAGACUGAACGAGAUGAAGAGAUUCAGGAUAUCGCGAACGAGAAGAAAAGAUACUCCUCCAAUUCUCCAAUUCACGGUGCUGAAUAUUCCUGUGCCUGUCAAUGGGGCGCCUGCGAAGCGAAUGAAGUUGAGCAAGAUCGAUUCGGCCGUUUUGAGGAGACGUUCCAGGAUGGGGAGGUUCGGCUCUCAGGAGGGCAGUUGCAGCGGUUCCGUGGAUAGUGAUGAGGAGGAGGUGGAUUUGUGCAUCAGGUCGGGGCCCCCUUGCCGGCUGGAUUUGGCUGGGGGGAAGGGGGAGUUUUUGGAGCGGGUCGAUUUGGUCACGCACACUUCGAAAAAUUGUAUUGAAUUACAAAAACUAAUGAGAAGAAAGUGGCUCGUACCCGACAUCGUAGAAGAAACAGAACCCCAACGAAUUCAACCCCUCGACCUACCAGUGCCUUCAAAAUCAUCAUCGGGCACAAACUUGAUGCUAAAUCACAAACACAAACGCAACUUCCUGCAAUUCCUCGGCCUGACGACCGUUCCCACCAAAAAUAAACAGGAAAUGGAACAGGCUUGGAAAGCAGUCGUCGCAGAGCGUCUGAGAAGACACUGCGAAACCCCUCUCACCAAAUACUACCAGAAAUCAUGUGCAGCCGAACCGAAUCAAAAAACGAACGUGUCUUCAAUGCUGCCGAUCGUGCACCAGUACAAGAGAAGCAUUUCCAAUAAUAGCGAACCUGACAAAGCCUUACCCGCGAAAACAGAAGAUUCUUCCCGAAAACACGACUUUUUGUCCUUGCUCCUCAACCCCCACUAUCAGAAAAUCUUCCCCCAGGCUGCGAUGGAAAGCAUCCUACGUUUUCCCACCCCCUUUAUCAAAACCGAAGAAACGUCACCGGAAAUUAAAUUGGAAGAGGUCAAACCGAAGAUGUCGAAUUGUCUGCCUUUGAGGAGGAUCUUGGCGAACGAUCGGAAUCAGAGCGUUGGGAAUGGUGACAGAGGAUCGUCCGAUCCGGAGAAUUCCAAAGAGAAUUUGCGGGUCGUUAGAGAGCACAAGUUCAAAUGGCCGGGGCUGUUGGAGAUCAGGGAGGCCUACGUCAGGUAUUCAAAAGAGAAGAGUCUGGAGAUCUCAGAGCUGCGCAAGCAACGCUUCAUUCUGGCCGACGACAAUUUGAAGAUGCAAAACCUGGUGAAGUUCCUAGAGAGGAAGCAACGGACUAUGCACUCGUUCCUCUUCAAGACCGAUCGCGAGAACAAGAAUCUGCAGAUGACCAUUGACCAAUUAACGAAUGUCAUCAAUUCUUUUCGGUAACAGAAGUUGAAGCGGAGGAAUCGAUGUUUUUUCUUGUUUUUUUCCAAAGUUUUUAACUCUUUCAUCGUUGGUUGUUGAGAAAGGUUAUUAUACCUCGGCUAGGACCAAUAAUCGGAUUUCUUCAUUGGAAUGCUUGGAUUUUUUCUAUGUCUUAGUAAUAAUUGGAAAGGGCUGAUUGGAUUUGUUAUGUAAAAUAGCUGUGAUGAAAUACGAUGGUGGAUUUUAUACUUUUUAUUUGUUAUAGUAUUAUGUAUUUAAUGCUUCCAUAACUGAAUGAAUAUCGUUUCAUUUGAUUCGUGUAUAUGGACUAAAAUCGAAUUUAAAUUUUGAACUGUUAAUUUUUAUUUUACGGGUGUUUUAGUUUAGCAAGUGAAAGUGGUGUUCACUUAUUCUGUGAUAAUGAAAUUUUAGUAACUUUAAUGUAAACACUGUUUCUAGCAUGACAAACUGAAUAAAAUUCUAUAAUAACA